AUGACAUCUCCUGGUUUCGUUUUAUCUAAAAUCCCAAUUGUCCUUGCAGCCCUUGUGGCAAUCUACUGGCUCAAGUUCAAGCCAGAAAUUGACCUCACAGGUCUUACUCAUCUUCCUCUCAAAAAUAAUGAAAAAUGCCGCGUCCUCCAUGACAUUAGGGCCACAGAAGAUAUUGCCAUCGACAACUCAGCAGGAAUUGCCUAUGUUGGUAGUGCCAGUGAAACCACUCGUUUUACAAACUUCCCAGGUUUGGGAAGACAUAACCAUACCUUACCCCGACCCUUUGAUGGACUUGACCCUUACCGUGAAGAUCUCUUUGUUUUUGACCUUGAAACUGAAAAGUUUUCUAAACUUAACAUUGUCAAUUAUGCAGAUGAUCAAGAUCUCAUUGUUCAUGGAACUGCACUUCGCUCAUUUGCUCCAGGUGUAAAUACUCUUUACAUUGUCAAUCACAAGCGCACAGGUUCUGUAAUCUCCAUUUUUAAACACAAAGUGGGGUCACCAAAUAUUGAACAUGUGCGUGAUGUAAAGACCCGCCACAUUUACAUCCCUAACUCGGUCACUGUCAUUGACGAAACUCACAUCUUGGUUACUAACGAUCAUGGUUUUUAUAAUGGGCCAUUGCGUCGAGCUGAGGACCUCACAGGUUUUAAGCACUUGUCUACAGUUGCUUUAUGUGAAAUUCGAGAUUUUUCCCAGACAAACUCAAAGGGCCUCAAAUGUAAAAUUGUUGCACGUGGACUCAGUUAUGCAAAUGGUAUUGAGUAUAUUGAGAAAUCAAAUCGUGUGGCAGUUUGUGAGACUCUUUCAGGAAUGGUCCAGUUUUACAAGUACGAUGGAACAAAGAAAACACUGACUUAUGAAAAGGAGGUUCGUUCUGGUGGGGCCUUAGACAAUGUCAAGUUGAUUCCAGGAACAAACGAUCUUGUCUUGGCAACGUUUGCAGAUCCUGGUAGUACAUUAGGAUAUAUUCAUCAUGGACUGGACUUUAAGGGCCCUGUAGCAAUGCUUGCAACUGUUCUUAAGGAGAAGGACAAUUAUGAAAAGCCGAUUGUGGGGUUCCAUGAUAGUGCGGAGAAGUUGGGAGGAUUCGGCUUUAUGACGGGUGUUGUUUUUGUGCCAAAGGCUGGCAAGAUGUUGGGCGGAAGCUGUUCGAAGGAGGGGUUACUUGUGUGUGACAUUGAUUAUGCUAAUGUUUAG